AUGGAAGAAACGCCGCCUAUGCUGAAGGAAAUGGACAUCAAUAUGAAGGAGGUCAGACUAGAGAGGAUCCAGGCGACGGCGCAGACGACGAAGGGAGACAAUCCAAAGCAACCUUCAGUCAAGAUGGGCCUGAACAACGGGGUCCCAGAAGGGAUGAAUGCACUGUUUGUGAGUGGUCUUUGCCGCUGGCCAGGCUGUGGAGUCGUAUCGGAAAAUUUCUCCACUUUCUUAAAGCACCUCCACUCUGAACACAGACACAACGACAAAAGCAUUGCUCAGUGGAGGGUGCAGCAGGAUAUCGUCCAGUACAUGGAACGUCAGCUUGUCCUGGAAAAACAAAAACUUCUCGCAAUGCAGCUUCAUCUGUCAGAGAACAGUUACUCUAACCUGGCUCAGGUAAUCAACGGAGACAGAAUCCAACUGGGGGAACUCAAAAAUCAGACACUCCAACAGGACUGGACAGCUAAAGCCUCCACACACCUUCUGCCAGGUAUUGAAUGCUACAAAUACAACAACAUCAGGCCUCCAUACACCUAUGCUUACCUGAUAAGAUGGUCGAUCUUGGAGUCUCCAGACAAACAGAGGAAUCUAAAUGAGAUUUACAACUGGUUCACUACCAUGUUCUUCUACUUCAGACACAACACAGCAACAUGGAAGAAUGCAAUACGUCACAAUCUCAGCCUUCACAAGUGCUUUGUGCGAGUGGAAGGGGAAAAGGGAGCCGUGUGGACGGUGGAUGAAACAGAGUACCAGAGAAGGAAGGGGCAAAAAUAUCACCGAGACUGCCCAGUGAAGUGGCUGACAUCUUACUCCCAUUUCUGUUCAGAGGAGCCGACAGCAGCAGACGGCAGCACAGUGUCCCUCCUGUUGUCUAGAUGUUGAAUUCUUGUCCAAACUAUACAUGUUUUGGAUUCAAAGUCAUUGCUUUUAUUUGAUUUUCUUAUUGUUUGUUGGCGCGACCAUAUGUUUUAUGCUUUAAUUAAUGGUUGGUGGUUGUAUUAACUAAGACCACUUAUUACACAAACUGAAUUCUAAUUGUCUCUCUUUUUUUUUUAACACCAGUAAAAGAUUAGGGUAACAAAAUGAAGCCUUUACUUACAAUUUUUAUAUUGACCUGAAUUACAAAGAGCCUUCAGUUUACACAAAAUGAAACGGGCCUCAAUCACAUUCAGUCAGAUUCAUCCAAAGAUUAGAAUUGAAGUUGAUUUUGUUAAAUGGUGACUCCAGUAUAUCAUGUAGAAGUGGAAAAGAACAGCUUUAGAGCUGCA